GGCAGAAGAAACCGUGAGGAUGUCUGUAAGUGUCCAGCCUCUCCAGUGCACCACAGACUGCAAGGACCAGAAUUUUGAUGGCAUACUCUUGAUAUGCCAAAGUUAUGAGCAGCUUCCAGAUGAGCUGGAGUGUUUGAAAGCACCAUUACAGGACUACAGCGCAGUGGACUGUUGUGUUGGAGAGGAGGUCGUGGUGGUCAGGGUUCCUGGUCUCUCUGGAAACAGACUGGUGUUUUCCUGCACUGGUCCGGUGAAUCGGGACUAUGAUGAUGUCCGGCGCUUCAGUGAUGCUGCUGGUAAUGGCAUUAAGAGGGCCCUGAAAGCUGGCAUGCAGCGCCCUCUGCUGGUUUGUCCUCCACACAGUAGCUAUGCAAAGAGCACCUUAGUGGCUGUUCUAGGAGCCCUGCAUGUUCUCUACACGUGUUACAAGCUCUUGGUGAAUAAAGAAGAUCUGAUCGGCUUUCACCGAAUGCACAGAGAUAAAUGUGGAUCUGCGGCGGUUGCUGGCUUCUUCCAGAUCUUAGCCAAACUAAAGCCCAAACACCUGAAGGUUGUGGGUGCAAUGGCAAUGGUGCGAAACAGUGUCGGAUCUGAUUGCUAUGUAGCGGACGAGUUAGUAGUGUCUCGUGCUGGUCGUAGAAUCCGAGUUGGAAACACUGAUGCUGAAGGAAGAAUGGUCAUGGUGGACUUGCUGUGUGAGAUGAAGGAGCAGGCAUUGCGGGAAGUGUCUCCUCAUCUCUUCACUAUAGCCACUCUGACAGGACAUGCUGUCAGAGCCAUGGGACCGCAUUACUCUAUCAUAAUGGAUAACGGUGCUGCUCACCACUCAGGAAACGCUCUGCAGUGGCAGAAAGCGGGAGAGGUGCUGGGAGAUCUGUUCGAGGUGUCCACCAUUCGUCGGGAGGAUUACGACUUCCACAAAGGGAAGUCUGAGUAUGAGGAUAUCCUGCAGGCCAAUAACCUGCCCUCAUCUGCCACACCACGUGGACACCAGACGCCCGCCGCCUUCCUCAUCAUGGCUUCUGGACUGGAUAAGCAUGGAGUGGACUCAGACAAACCUCUUCCUUACUCCCACACUGACAUUGCUGGAUCCAGCGGCCCUUUCCCUGGUGUCCCAACAGGCGCCCCAAUUCUUGCCAUGGCGACAAAGUACCUGGAGCUUUAAAUACACGUCCAAUGAUUUUUUUGAUCCUUCAUUAUUUCAAUUAUUUCAGUCUAGUGCAAUGUAUCUAUUAAUGGCUUUCAUAUCUGCUCCGUCUGACACGUUGUGUGUUCAUUUAAAACUGGGGCAAAUCAUGACCUUUGCUCCUUUUAUCCUUCCAUGAUGAACUGUCCAUUUUAUCCUUUUGUUGCUGCUCCAUAUUUACAUAAAUGCAUCUCUUCACGUCCUUAAAAACCUCUACGCUCCUCUUAUUCACAAAGCAAAACCAUAAAUUCCAAUUUUUCUUUAGUACUGUACAGGUUUUCCGUAUCUAAUAAGCAUUUAACGAGCUUGAAAUUAAUUAACCAAACCAAAGUAGCCUUACAGUUUCUCAGGUGAUCUGACAUAGGAGAGGAGGUGGGGAAGUUGAGCCAGUGAUUGAUAUUGAAUUGCAUCUGUGACUUUGGUAAUACUGUGAGAAUACAGCACAUUGGUUGAUUGAUUGAUUGAUUGAUACUUUAAUGAUCCUUUACAGGAAAUUACAUCUUGUAUAACUACCCAUUUUGUAGAAAAGUGUAAUGAAAAAUCAAUAAAAGCAUUUUGGCAAACAAAAGGAG